AAAACGUGUAGACAGACCUAAGCCACAACUGCAAAUGAAGUACGACAUGGUCUUUUUUUCUUUCUCGGAAUAAAGUCUGUUUUAUCAUUGCCUCUUAACGUUCAAAUAUUUGACGAAAUGUAAACACUCUGGAACUUACAAUUGUACAUGUUGCAGUGGCGUUGACCAGUUGACAAAUUCGAAUUCAUAAUUUUGAAAUAGCCUCUGUGCUGAAAUCGAUACACGAAUGGAAGUGGUGGAAUUCGGCUACAAACCCGAAUACCGAUGAGACCCAGACGUGUUUGUAUCUACAUGUAAUCAAUGGAAAUUAUGUCUAAAUAUAUGUUCAGAGCUUGAAAUAUUGACUGCUAAGUUAUUAUGCAAUGUUAAAGAGUGGUAUGGAGAAGUUCUUGAAAGUAAGGGAGCGAUUUUUUUCAAUUGUUUAUUGUGUGAACAAAAAGUGUUUUUUGUGUGAUGUAUAAUGUAAACUGAAGAAUGUGUAAUGUUCAGACUGGAUUGGUUCAGAAAGGAUCCAUCAGAGAAGUAUAGAAUGGGCUGUGGUUCUAGCUUUGACGCCUCCGAUGGUCCUCGAACUGUGGUUGUGUUUGGUUCCACGGGACUACUAGGGGGUGCUAUAGCCCGCCGGCUACUCCAAGAACCUUUCUUAUAUAAAGUCCGAUGUGUUACGAGGAGAUCGUCUGGUGAAAAAGCUCGGGAGCUUGCCGAGCAUGGAGCUGUAAUUGUUAACGCUGAUCUCGGUGAAACCAAGAGCUUGGAGAAGGCACUAGAGGGCGCUGACAUCAUGUUCUUGACGACCCAUUAUUGGGAGGAAAAAAACAAAGAAAAGGAGGUCAUUAAGGGCCUGAACGCCAUUGAUGCUGCCAUUCAGUGCGGGGUCAAGCACAUCAUUUUUAAUGGUUCAGAAAACGUCAAAAAGAUAAUUGGAAAAGAAUGUAGCCAUCUCGACUCAAAGUCCGCCAUUGAAGAAUACAUCCGCGAAGUGGACAACCCUUCCGUGGACGUGACGGGUAUAAAUAACUCGCUGCCGGGAGUGUUUGUUGGUACCGUGUUUUUGCAAAAUUACGGUAUAAAUUUUACAAUCUUACGUCUCCCCUUUUGGUUGGAAAACUUUUAUUCAGUCUUCAAGCCGCACAAGCUAAAACACGCGGUUUACGCCGUGGCCUUACCUCUAGAAGGCUCCGAGCUUGACGUAAUGUCAGUGGAAGAUGUAGGUGAAAUCGUUGCAUCCAUUCUAAGGCGACCUCGUCAGUAUUACGGCAAAACGCUGAAUUUGUCCGUGGAGUCUUUGUCCAUGGAAAACAUUGUCGAUACUUUUAAUCGACAUUUCGACAAUCGAAAAUUUACCGAUCCAAAGAUUAGAAUCAAAGAUAUGGAAAAAUUUCAAUUUCCAGGCUCGAAAGAUUUAGCGGCAAUGUUUGAAUUUUAUCAAAGUGGACAGGCAGUGAGGGACAUUAAAUUAACUAGAAAGUUAAAUCCUCACGCACUGACGUUUGAUAGAUGGUUGUCCGAAAACAGGGACAAAGUCGAGGAGGCUUUACGAGAAGCGAAUUAGGAGAGAAAACUCAGAACCCAUUUACCCUGUUUACAAUAUUGAUGUUUUUUUUUUUUCAAUAUUUCUAUUUAAAGUAAAUUAGAUGUCGUAUGAAACAGAGGUUUUAUAGAAUAGCCUUUGCUUUAUACAUCGACACAAUGAAAACACGAUGUUUCAUUAUCUCAACUAGUCAUUUGCAUUAUAAUAUUGAAUUCUGUUCACAGAAACAUCAACAUUCAAAAACGUCACCAGUGAUAUUUACAAAUGGGGUGUUGAAAUGUACUUUUUACAAAGUGAGAUUGUCGAAUAUUUUCAGUCAUAUGUACAAUGCAUAAUUACGUAUGCAAAAUUGUUUUUUUUUUUUUUUAAAUUUAUGUUACCAGCCGAACUGUGAUAUAUGCAUUUAUUCUUUUUUGUAAAUUUAAUAUAUAACAAAUAAAGAUAUAUCAAAUAUA